CCGAUCAUAACAGUACCUAAUCAAAACUUUCUCCACAAUUUCCAGCGCCACCACCUUCGUCUUCCCGCCCUUCUUCUCUCAUUCGCCAGCUCCUCCCCUUCCACCGUCCGCCUCCAACGCCACCACAAAUCCACCUCUUUAUCAUAUCCCUUCCCGUUUUUCAAUCUGCCACCGCUAUUGGCUUCCCAGAGCAAGACAGUUUCUAAUAUUGCAGGGUCACGUCAAUCCUUGUUGAGUGGUAACAAUGGUGUCCAACUUAAUUAAUGCCAAUCCAGUUGUAUAUGAGAAAAAGGAUCGUCGAACCCGAAGUGCGGUAAAUGACGUGGAUGAAUAUGUUGGUGAACCUAUUGACCAACAAGAAAUUUUUGAUCAUCUUAGAGACAUAAAGGAUCCAGAGCAUCCUUACUCCUUGGAAGAGCUGAAAGUCAUUACAGAAGAUGCAAUUGAGGUGGAUGAUAAUCAGAGCUAUGUAAGGGUCACAUUCACUCCAACAGUUGAACAUUGCUCUUUGGCAGCAGUUAUUGGCCUGUGCUUGCGGGUGAAACUCAUGCGAUGUCUUCCUUCACGCUUCAAGGUGGACAUUAGAGUAGCACCUGGAACACAUGCAACUGAAGCUGCAGUGAAUAAGCAGUUGAAUGAUAAAGAAAGAGUAGCAGCAGCUUUGGAAAGUCCAAACCUAUUGAAUAUGGUUGAUGAAUGCCUUGCUCCGUCUUAUGCCUCAUGAGCAAUGUAUGUGAAGUUAUAGCUGAUCAGUGAGGAAGAUCCCAGGCAUUCCGCAGCUAUCUCUGCUCGCCUUGCAUUCAGCGGACUGUUUUUUCUAGGAUAAUUUUCCUCGUUUUCUAUGAGUCUCUCUUUUUAGCUAUUAAUUUGAAGUGAUUUUUCUGCAUUUCUCCUUACAUUACUCGAUUGUUCAGAUGUAAUAUUGGCUCUGUAGGCCGUAUCAUAUGAAUAAAGUAGUCACCUAAAGAACACAUUUGUAAAUUGCAAUUACAAGUUUGCCAACACUUUA